AUGAGAGCCAUCACACUUCUGCUGCUGCUGCUCUGCUCCUCCGCCGGAGAGGCGCAGCACAGCGCCGCUGUCAGAGUUUAUUACAUCGCGGCUGUAGAAAUCGGUUGGGACUACGUUUACCUGGACAAUGCUGAGCCAGCGUCCGAGCAAAGAAUGAGAUCCAGAGAUAUUCCUCAAAAAUACGUCAAGGCAGUGUACAGGGAGUAUACAGAUUCUACAUACACUGUCCCCAAACCAAGGCCAGCAUGGACAGGUAUUCAAGGCCCAGUGAUUGUUGCCCGGGCUGGUGACAGGGUGGUGGUCCACUUCAAAAACCUGGCCUCUCAGUCCUACAGUAUCAGCCCUGUAGGGAUCACCUACUGGAAACAGUCUGAAGGAGCCGGCUAUGAUGACUCCACUUCCGGCCAUGAGAAGGAGGAUGAUGCCGUCUCUCCAGGAGGCUACUAUGAGUACGUGUGGGACAUCAGCCCUAACGACGGCCCAACUGCCAGUGACCCAGAGUGCCUCACCUACUCCUACUCAUCCCAGGUGGACACGGUCCGGGAUGUAAACUCAGGACUCAUCGGUGCCUUGCUCAUCUGCCAAACAAGUGCCUUCACAGAUAAUGGCCAGAGGAGAAACCCUGCGUUUGUCCUGCUGUUUGCAGUGUUUGAUGAGACAAAGAGCUGGUAUGGACAGUUAGGAGAGAGCAGGCGCAGAGAGAGGUUCAAGAAAGGAAUCGGUAGAAAGGAAUACCACACCAUCAAUGGAUAUGUCAACUCUACGUUACCCGGUUUGACAAUGUGUCAGGGCCGUAGUCAUGUGUUCUGGCAUCUGAUUGGGAUGGGCACAGCUCCAGAGAUCCACUCCAUUCAGUUUCAGGAUCACCCUCUGCAGGUGUUGAUUCAUCGAAAAGUCACCGUUGAGGUGACCCCUAUGACAUUCAUCACUGCAGAAAUGAGACCUGCUACUGUAGGCCGCUUCCUUAUGAGCUGUCAGAUACAUGCUCACCGCAAUGAUGGCAUGAACGCCUUUUUCACAGUUGAGAAAUGCCCUGAGCCUCUGCCGGGACCCGACCUGCGUAACGUCAAACACAAUGAUUAUGUGCCCAGCACUGACGACUACAGUGACGAUGGCGAGGAUUCGUUCAACACCAUAAGCUUUCAGCCUAAGAAACCACAAGUGCGAGCAAGAUCCAGCGGUGGACAGCAGUCUAUAACCUGGCGGCAUUACAUCGCUGUUGAAGAGGUCACCUGGAACUACGCCCUUUAUCUCAAACACACAGAUAGUGAGUUGCAGUCUGGAUAUUUGGAUGCACCUCCCAAUCACCUGGGCUACAAGUAUAAAAAGGCUGUGUACGUGGAAUACACAGAUGGAUCUUUCACAAAGAAGAAGAACCCCAAAACAACACUGCUGGGUCCACUGCUGAAAGGAAAAAUCAACGAUCAAAUCCAUAUCACUCUCAGAAACCUGGCCAGUCGCCCUUACAACAUCUACCCCAAUGGCCUUACCAAGAUCUUUUCAAUGCCGAGAUCUGCAAAUGCUGAAGAGAAGGACUUGCGCUCCACAGGAGUGCCACCCAACGGGACGUCCAUCUACGUUUGGAGGCUAACAACAGACAAUGGACCCUUGGAGGGAGACCCCCAAUGUCUGACCCAACUGUAUCAGAGCACCGUCUCCAGAGAGAGGGACUUGGCCUCCGGGCUGGUGGGCACCCUGCUCAUCUGCAAGUCCGACACCAUAUACACCAGAGGACGUCUGAUGGGCCCAGAAAAAGAGUGGAGCCUGAUAUUUGCUGUGUUUGAUGAGAACAGAAGUUGGUACUUCAACGAAAACAUGCAGAAGUCCAGCCAAAACUCGAACAUCACAGACCCGGAAUUCUACAAGUCUAAUGUCAUUUACAGUAUAAACGGCGCCAUUUUUGCCGGGCGACAGUUUGUGCUGUCUCAAACUGACGUUGCCUUCUGGCACGUGGCCAAUGUUGGCUCCCAGAGUGACUUCCUCUCCGUUUACUUCACGGGAAACCUCUUUCAGUACCAAGGCCUUUACCAGUCCGUCCUCACCCUCUUCCCCAUGACCGGCAUAACCGUUCCCAUGGAAGCCGAGCUGAUGGGUGAGUGGGAGAUCAGUGCCUACGAUGGCAGCCUCAAGAGCCGGGGGAUGAGCGUCAGUUACAGCGUACUUCAAAGCGCCGAUGGAGACCGAGUUGAUCGUGACGGGAUUGACGACGACAUCUCUGACUAUUACGAUCAGCCAGACUUUCAGCCGAGGGGCAGAAGACCUGAAAAUCUGUUGGUUCCAAUGUGUAAGAAACCCCUCACGGAUAACAAUACUCAAUCAGUAAACAAACAAAAUGUCACUUGUGAUAAUUCGACGGGGGGUGAAGAACAUUCAGCAACUCAGCUAGAGGAAGGGAUAGCAACAUCACCAGAAGGAGAGGGAGGAAUCCCACAGGAUAUCUUGGAGGAAAUAGAGAUAGAUGGGGAGCGGACAGUUACUCAGAAUAAGACUGAACCUGCAGGAGGAGAAGGAGGUGGUAGACACAGGAGACAAGCAGACAGCAGCUGGACAGAUGAAGACAUCCGUUCUGGAGCCUCAGAAGAUGGAGGAGCUGGGAUAGAGAUUGUAGAAGAAGCUGUGAAAAAUAGGACUGACACCGGUGCCGAGGUAAAAGCUGAGGAAAAGAGUGAAGCUUCAAGUGUGAAUAAUAGGACGAAUGGAGAGCUUGAAGAGAGAAACGAGAUCUUACUUGACAGCAAUCCAAUGCUGAAAGAUAAGGACUCAACUGUUGGGCUAAGCAAUUCAGAAGAGAUGGAUCAAAACUUGGUACCACAAAACCAUAUCCAGUCUGAAGCUGAGCGAUUUACAGCAGAUCUGCCGGAUUUAAAAUAUAACUACACUGAUAACAUCCAAACAGGGAUUGAUCUAUCCCUCGAGUAUGAUGACUACAGCCAAGAGGACAACAACACAUCAGAUAUACUUUCUACGGAUUACAUGGACCUGCGCUCCGGAGAGACCAGAUAUCGCAACUACUACAUUGCUGCAGAGGAGAUCAGCUGGGACUACGGCAUCAGAAAACCACACCAGCUCAUCCAACCCGGAGAGAUGCGUCGAGGGAUGAGGAAGUUCCUGCCAGAGUAUAAGAAGGUGGUGUUUCGAGCCUACAGCGAUAAAGACUUCCUUCUUCCUGUAGGCAGAGGAGAGCCCCAGGAACACCUGGGAAUCAUGGGACCUUUCAUCAGAGCUGAGAUUAAUGAUGUCCUCAAUGUGGUGUUCAAGAACAAGGCAUCCAGACCUUACUCCUUUCACCUUCAGGGGGUCUACGACCGCAGCCAGGGGGCCGGCAUGAGUCAAACUGAUAACCUAUCUGCUCCACCGGGGGUCCCAGGAGAGCCUGUGGCCCCUGGGGAGGCACGGACCUAUAACUGGAAAGUAACCAGGAAACAAGGACCAGCCGACACUGAAUUUGACUGCAAAAGUGGGGCUUACUACUCCACUGUGGAUAAGGAGAAGGACCUUCAUUCAGGUCUGAUUGGUCCGCUGGUGAUCUGUAAGUCCGGUAUUCUCCGGACUCGUCAGAACACACAGCCAAAUGUCCAGGAGUUCGCCCUCCUCUUCCACACCUUUGAUGAAACUAAGAGCUGGUACAUGGAGGAGAACCUGCGGCGGCACUGUGCUCCGCCCUGUCAGGCCAACACUGAGGACCCCUGGUACCACAUCAGCAAUAAGUUUGCAGCAAUAAAUGGUUAUGUGGCAGAGACACUUCCUGGUCUGUUGGUCGCCCAGUACCAGCUCGUCAGGUGGCACCUGCUGAAUGUUGGAAGUGAUGGAGAGUACCACGUUGUGCAGUUCCAUGGUUUACCUUUCACUGUUCACACCCAAAAGGAACACCGUAUGGGGGUCUACAACCUCUUCCCUGGAUUGUUUGGCACGGUGGAGAUGAGACCCCCCACAGUCGGCACGUGGCUGGUGGAGUGCACUAUUGGAGACUACCAGCUGGCCGGCAUGAGGGCUAAACUACUGGUUUAUAAUCCACGGUGUGUCUUGCCUCUGGGGAUGAAAUCAGGAAGGAUCCAGGAUUCCCAGAUUACAGCGUCCGAUCACAUAGAUAAAUGGGAGCCGAGGCUGGGGAGGCUGGAUCAGUCUGGUUAUAUCAACGCCUGGAUGGGCAAAAACAAAAUGUCAUGGAUACAAGUUGAUCUUCAGAGACCCACCCUGUUGCACGGUGUGCAGACACAGGGAGUCCGGUCCAGGCUGAGGGACAACUACAUAACAAUCUUUCACAUCUCCUACAGCCUGGACCAAGAGACUUGGACCACUUACAGAGGAAACACAUCCAAGCAGAACAAAGUAUUUUAUGGUAACAAGGACGCCUCCACGGUGAAAAACAACCCCUUCUCUCCACCAUUUUUGGCUCGCUACGUCAGGAUUCAGCCUCUGAACUUUGUGCAAAAGCUUGCUCUCCGUCUGGAGCUGCUGGGCUGCGAUCUCAACAGCUGCUCUCUCCCUCUCGGCCUCCAAAAGAGGCUGAUUCCUGACGCCAGCUUCAGUGCUUCCUCAUUUCAUUCAUCUCUGCUGCGUAGCUGGAGCCCCGACCUCGCUCGCCUCCACCAGGAAGGCGCCGCCAACGCCUGGAGGCCAGAGAACAACAACCCUCACGAGUGGCUGCAGGUUGACUUGUUGAAAGUAAGACGCAUCACAGGGGUCGUAACCCAAGGAGCUCGAUCACUUUUGAGCCAAAUGAUGGUGACCGAGUUCUCAGUCACCGUCAGUCAUGAUGGUCACUCCUGGAGCAGUGUGUUGGAGGAGAGCACCCAAAGAGAAAAGAUCUUCACAGGAAACAGCGAUUCAGAAGAUGAAGUUCUCACUGUUUUUGACUCUCCUCUGUUUGGCCGAUACCUCCGCAUCCACCCGCGGGGUUGGUUCAAUGACAUCGCCCUGCGUCUGGAGGUCCUGGGCUGUGACACACAGCAGGGGCCCUGACACCGCCGGGCAAACUCAACAACGCCACGCAGCAACAUUUUAGUAGCAUAAUAUAUCCUGGUUUGUUAUUAAGAGCACUUAAGGAGCUAAUUUAAGCUAUUUGUUAUGUGGCCACAACUUUGUUUACAUUUCCACCUUUUUCACAGCGUAUUUUUUUAUUCAGCAAAUAAUCUUGAUAUUAUGUUGGUAGAAAGCUCAGCAACGAGGUAGACUAUUUGCUUUGCUUCAACUUCAGAACAAACUUUUUGAAUGUUAGCGUGUGUAUAUAUUUCGUUUGAAUGGUUGAUGUAUAUUGUUGGAAAAGUUAGUAUUAAUGUAUUUUUCUGCUUUAUAAGAGUUUAUAUAAACAAUGAAUC